AUGCUCGACACCGACCUGGGUGUUCUCUCCGUUCUCUCCCUACUCUUUUACUUUCCUGCCACUCUGGCGCAGGACGCGACUCUUCGAGGCUGCGCCAACAGCUUAUUAUCCAACGGCACAACCUUCAAACUGACGAACACUGACACCUUCAGUCAGUACAUCCAUUGCAUCUACCAGUUUGAAGACGGGAAUGGUGGGACAUUGCAGAACUACCACUGGUACGAUUAUCAGAACUAUACCCUCUAUCAUUACCCGAACACGCCACUGCCGCUCGAUAGUCACCCAGCGUGCCCAACGACGCUACCUCUCGUCAGUGUGCACACCAUCCCUUCCGAGGCAAUCAAAGAAGUUCCGACGAAUGCUAUUGCUCUACGCCCGAGUUUCUACGAUUGCCGCACGGACAUCUGGCGUCCCGAGCAAGUCUUCCACUUAAACGAUGUCCGAAUCCAGCCGCUUGCCACUGACAAAUGUCUGGAUGUAACCGAUGGCGUGGUGGCGGACGGCGUCAAAGUCCAGGUCUGGACUUGCUUCGACGGGAAUCAGAAUCAGCAGUGGGGUCAUUGGCUUCCCAAUGCAGUCUCAAUUCCAAGAGACCAUAUCACUUGGAAACCUUUCUGGUGGUUAUGCGUCGACUUGACGGACGGGAGUAACGCGAAUGGAACACCAAUCCAACUGUGGGCAUGCAACUACCAGAAUCCUAACCAGAGCCCGUCGUUUGAGGGCCCACCUCGCAUUCGGAAUUUUAUUUUCUGGAUCACCCGCUACAUCCUUCGAUAA